UACACCAACGAGACUUUGUAUGAAAUAUUUAUUUCUGUCUUCAGAUGUCCCAACCACGAUGCGCCCGAGAUUGUUCCCUGCAAAUUAAUAUUUAAAAAAAUUGCAAAUGUUUCACUUAUGGACCCUCUGACAACUUGAAAAAACAUGAUUUCAUAUCAAAUCUCUCUUGGAAUAUCAAGAAGCAUCGUAGCUGUGAGUCACCAAUGAAAAUAGAAAUGAAGGGUUGUUCAACACCACAUCUGGGUUCUUUCGCUUCGCGCUAGCAAAAGACCAGGAAUCCGGUAAGGAGGGUAUCCGGGUGAAGUAAUAAGAUCAGCUGCAGCUGCGUGCUGAGGUGAAGAAGCUGGUUGUUCCCCCUGGAGGAUGGUCAGGUUCGGAAUCCUUUCGGGUCAUUCUCGGGUUGAAUUGAAAUGGUCCUCGCGCACACUCAAGUCUAUUGAUCGCGGUACGAUCGUGCCAGUCACAGAGUCAGGAUACCGCGACGUGGAAAAUACCAAGUGCGCUGGGCAUCAAAACGAAUUUUGGAUAAGCGUUCUUCUUCUGAAAAACGGCCAACAUGGUCGGAAGAGUUUUGGAGGAUGGCCCGUUGAUACGGCCGGUAGAUUCUGUUUCCACUGCAACUCUUGUGGGGCUAUGCAUCGGUGCAGUGAUCCUCGUCUGCAUGGCUGUUGCAACAUGGUGGCUAUGUCGUCGACGUAGAGGUCACACUAAGCUUGGACCUGAUAAAUCUUUGGCGUUCCGGCCACCGCACCGUAAGCCUACAGCUGUGAAGAGUCCAGGAAGCACAAGUCAUUAUCUUAAGAAGAGUCCUAGCCCAACCGGACCAGCCAAGAGUCCACCAGGUUCUGGUGGUAAUACACCUAGUCCCACUGGGUCACAGCCUUCUCAGCAAACAAACAAUCAAUCAUCACAGGCCCGUUCUCCUCAAGGUGCUAGUACUCCUGCACAGACACCACCUGGAGAAAUCACCCUUACUAUUGAAAAUGAGCGAGACAAAGCUGAGUUGGAAAAUAACGAGAAGGCUGAUAAUGGAAAUGUAAAUCAGGAUAGUAACAAGGAUUGCCUAGGUCAAUUGGAGUUUAGGUUGCGAUAUCGUAGUGAACAAAAUGCGCUGGUUGUCACCGUUGUAAAGUGUAAGGAGCUUCCAGCUAGAGGGACCAAUUCCACCAGCGAUCCUUAUGUCAAGCUGCAACUUCUCCCUGAUAAACAGCAAAGAGUGAAGACCAGGGUUCUCCGAAACACCAAAGACCCCAUCUAUAACGAAGAUUUUACCUUCUAUGGAAUAUCUCAAAGUGAACUUCAGAAAAUGACACUCCACUUUGUAGUACUCAGCUUCGACAGGUACUCACGAGAUGAUAUGAUCGGUGAGGUAGUCUGUUCAUUAUCUUCUGUUACGGGGCUAGAGCAAAACGAAAACCACCAAUUGACACUUUGUCGUGAGAUUUGUCCGCGGAGUUUAAAGAUCCAAUCGCAAGGAAGAGGUGAGCUCCUCGUCUCACUCUGCUGGCAACCAGGUGCCAGUCGCCUGACUGUGGUUGUCCUUAAGGCUCGCAACCUGCCUAAAAUGGAUGUGACAGGGUUGGCGGAUCCAUAUGUCAAGAUGUAUCUUCUAUACAAUUCGCAACGUAUCGCUAAAAAGAAGACACACAUAAAGAAGCGCACUCUUUCCCCAGUCUUCAAUGAGUCCUUUGUCUUUGAAAUACCCAACGGCGGUGAUGGUCUUGCCAAUGUUUGCCUGCAAUUUUUAUUGUUAGAUUGGGAUCGUGUGACCAAAAAUGAGGUAAUUGGUCGACUUGAGUUAGGAAGCCCUAAAAGCCAAGGAUCAGCUCUGAGUCAUUGGAAUGACAUACGCAGUUCUCCACGACGACAAAUUGCUGAUUGGCACAAACUGAGAGAGUAACCUGUUACCUCGAUUCUGAUCCCUUAUUCCUUAAUUUCGAAUCUCCCUAUUUUUCCGACCACCUGUUCCUCAACCCUACCCGUUAGCUCUCCCUCUCUAUAAAAAUCUAUAAAGCGUCGGUUUUUUCAAUUACUUACUUAUUGUAAUUAGGCUUGCAGUGAAUGUUUCGUGAAAGAGCAGUUAGCAACUACUGUUAAUACUAGUAAAUAAAAGCCAAAAAGGCAGAUAUAGAUCAACACAUCCUGUGUCAAUGAGAAGUUGGAUCAGAGAUACAAGAUAUGUCCGUAUCAUGAUGAAAGUGCACAUGAAUUGUUAGUGGGCAAGAUAUUGAAUUAUGUAUUCAAUAAGCAAUUAGUGUGGCAAUCUACAAUCAAAAUUGAUGGAUCCAAAUUUCAUACAAAUAGCGUUGCAAUAGACGACGAGAGCUCUUUCAAAAACAUCAUUAUAGAUGUUUGUUAACAAGGUGUGCGAACGAUCUAGAUGUUUUAUUUACUAAGGAAGAAAUCCUUUCGUAUCCAGGCUGGCUUAAGGUUAUUGCUUUUGCACAGAUUACUAGCCUGUAUCAUGCGCCCAAAGAUUUUUUAAAUUUGAAGAGAAGAUAUUCAGUCCCUGCAUACACGUAAUUUGUAUUGUGUGUGUAUAAUGUGUCACAAACUGACAUCCCAAAUACCAGCAGAUAAGACCAAAAAUAAGUAUGAUCUAUGAAUGCUUACAGCACAGCAGAACUGGACUGUCAGCAUCAAUGAAGUCAAGUUUAUCGCUCAGUCCUGUACUUCCUAAGCUAAGCAUAUUGCCUGUUUUCUAGUUCUGUUGACAUGAAUUUUUUAUGACAUGCAUCUAUAUUCCAAUUGAUAUUAAAUUAAUCGAAGAAUGGUGAAGGGUUCAUUGUGAAGUGCAUUGGGUGUAAUCGAGAAGCAAUAAGAAUUAAUUAACUACCAUGUUUUUGAAAGAUGUCACAACUAGUUGAUUAUGAGUAUUGGAAAAGCGAUCCUACCUAUUACACUGGUGAAGUACAGAAUUGAAUGAUGCGGAUUUUGUUAAUAUUAUUUAUUACUUAUUAUGACCAAGACACCAAACUUGAAAUAUUGAGUAUAACAUUUUAGAUCUCGGCUAGCAGUAAGUCGUUGACUGUCGGGUAUUCUCAAACGAAAUUUCGUGGAACAAGAGUACUCAUCUAUUACGAGAACUCAAGCUCAAGCAAUUCCAAUUUGUGACAAUGAUAGAAUGUUCCAUGAAGUCUAGAUAAUGAAGACUCGUCCGAUAUUUUAGCAAAAGGCUUUUGAGUUCUAUAAUCUGUUGUUGUAUAUAUAUACAUGUAAUAUCAAAAUAUAAAAACAGUCAGUCAACUCCAUGAUUUAUCAAUGACUACUUGGGAGUGAUGCAAUUCCUUUGAAUUGAUACCCACAAAUCAGAUGAUGUAUUUUUGUUUGCCAUUAUACAAAAUACUACGCACUCACCUCCCUCCCUUGCGUGAUAUUUAUAAUACCUUAGUUCAAUUUGAGAAUAUCGGCAAGAAUAUGAGCCUUGGCUUUACUAAAGUGAAUGUAUUUAUUCUUAUACUUAAAUUCAUGAUUUAGUUAUAAAAAUAAUUACCAAUAAACGAUAACUGAUAAUUAUAAUUCAAGUAGUGUAGAGAUUAUCAAUUGGAAUAAUUGAUCUUUGCAACAUUGCAUAAAGACUCAAUUAAACCACAGGCCCACAAAAAAAAAGUUUUAGAAUCAGGAGUUAAUGAGCUGAUUCUGGAGAAGAUCCAUAAAAACUGAUAAAAAUCAUAAUCUAGUAAUCUUUUCUGUAUGAUGAUAAUAUCCUUAUAAUUUUCAUCGUUUUCUGACCCUUUUGUCUCCAAAUGACCAAUGCAGUGGAUUUCUGCUGGAUCAAUCAUUCUACACAUCCCGUUAAGGGGUAGUUGUCAUCACAGUCCAACCACUUCGUGGUAGCAGGUUUUUACCUGUAGUUGUACCAAGCUUGUCGAAAGAUAAAAAAUGUAUUUUAUCUUUGUGUGCCCUAGAUGAGAUACAGUAGGAUGUAAGUUGACAUGUUUGCAAAUUACUGUUGUGUUUAAGAGAGAGGCAAACAAAUACCGCAUGAUAAUAUCAUACAGAAGAGAUUUCUGAAUCACGAUUCUCAUCAGUUUUAAUAGAUUUUCUCGAGAAUUUCCCCCUCAUCAACCCCUGAUUCUGUCUUCAGAUUGGUGUUCAGCGGAAAAAUAUACGUGGAAAAAAUAUCGAGGGACACCCCAAGGAAACCCAGCUCGCACAACUUUUUUUUUCUGUGGGCCUGUGUUCUUAUUAGUUCACAACUCAAUGAUAAACCUUCAAUCAAGAAAGUCAAAAUAUUUCUUUAACUUACAUUAUACGGCAAAAUAAUAGUGAUUACUACUGACAAUUAGACUUACAACUAGUGAUAGUGCUCUUGAUUAUGUUUCUACGAAAUCUGGCAUCAACUGAAAUUUAUCCAGACAUCGGGAUCACACGCAGCAAAAAACCUGUGAGUGGAAUCCUUUGAUCUUCCGAGAUAUCAAGUAUAGUGAGACAAAACGAAUUAGCUGUAAUACGUAAUAUUGCCGUGGUUUAGUGUUUUAAAUGUGUCACUAGUAAAUCGUGGAGAGAGAGUGUCCUUACGAUUGAAACUGAGAGUUCUCAUUACUUCUGGUAUGUCUAGGCACUGCUAGGUACUAAAUCAUGGCAAAUACUUUGGUGAGGAAUGUCAAGCGAUGUGUUGUGUCGACAGAUUUUAAGGCUGUGCCGUGAAUAAAUCAUUUAAACACUCGCCCAAA